AUGGAAAAUAGGAAAAUUUUGGGCAAUUUCAAUGUGCCGAGAUCAGGUAAGUCAAUCUUAUCAGAUUUUUGUUUCUUCUAAUUUCUACGAGUUUUUGGGGAUGAGAUAAUCCGAUAAUAUGUUAGCCAAGACUAUAAAGACGAUAAUAACCAUAAAAAUUUGAUUAUGAUGAGAAAAAAGAAAAAUUUUGGAGAAAAAUGGUUAGAACCCGUGAUUGCGCAGUUUUUGGAGAGAGCCGAUGUGACGCAACAUUUUCAUUACCGACAGCGCAAUCGAGGCCAAUUGCGAUACACUCAUUUCUCUUUUUCUCUCUGGUUUAUUCAAAAAUUAUGAGUUUGUUUGAAAAAAAACAAAAAAAUAAAUGUUUGAAUUCCCACGCGCACAUGUGCGCUCCGCCGAACCCGCGAACAAUUUUGAAUUCAAACCAAACAGAUUUAUUUUUUCAUUUUUUCGCAUUUCUCAUUUUUCCUCCUCAUUUCCUGAUUUUCAAAACAUAACCCAGUUUUCGUAACUUAUCGCAACUCGUAAUCUGACCUCAACACAAAGUUUGUUUCUCUAACUAAUUGAAGGUGUGAAGUAGCCAAGCCCAAAACGAGAUAGUAAUCGUAAAAUAGAUAGCCUGGCACCAGAAUGGGAAUUUUUUCAAACUGUUUCGGUGUGAGGUGCAAAAUCAGCACCUUUUCUGAUUUUCUAGACAAAAAAAAUCGAUUUUCGGUGCGAAAAUAUUCAAAUCAUCCCGCCAUAAAACCAUAAAUAUGUGUGUUUUCCCGAAAAUUGUCGUUUUAUGGUCGCAUAUCAAUUAACCUUUGACACUUAUUACCUUCUCAAUCAAAACAUUGGGGUUUUUGAAAAAUUGGGAAUCGUGAGAAGACUGGAUUCACUAGGUUUUCACUUGAAAUAAAAAUUCAAAAGAGGUCACGCUGAGAAUUUUGAUUUUUGAAAAUUCUCCGUGAAUGAAUAGUGUUCGCUAGAGCGUAUGUGCUUUUUUCUGCGCUAUGGCUUAGAAUUUGAGAUAUUUUUUAUGUAAUUUCCGAAGUUUCUCUUGGUUUUAUUGAUGUUUGCGUAAUUUUUGGUUUGAAAAUGCAGUUCUCACCAAAUUUCGAUCAAGUUCUGUUAGUUUUCAGGGCUUGUCAUAAAUUUCUUCGGUUUUCAGUAGGCUUUUCCAUGUUUUAGCGCGAAAUCCGCCGAAAAUCUGCAUUUUUUGUCAUAUUUCGUGUUAUUCGUAGAAAAAAUUUUGAAUUUUGGAGAAAAAUUACGUUUUGUUCGAAGGAGCGCACUUAGGUCAAAAUUCCGAGAGCCUAUUUUUUCCGAAAAUCCAACUGGAUGUUUGAAUUUUCCAUAGAAUUCAAUUUUGGUCUAAAAACCAUGAAAAUCUCUAAUUUCGUCUGGAAAAUCAGGAAAUCAAUAGGUAGUUAUCGAUUUUCUGCAAACACAACCAAGAUUUUCUGUUUUUCCCGCCAAAACUCCAUAAUUAACACCAACUGGUCAACAGCCAUAGCCAAACAAGUCUUCUUCACGCUCUUUCAAAAAAGCUAUGUAUGUAUAGGUAUUAGGUCCUACAGAACACCUGCCUUCCCAAAACCCGCCAUCCAAAUUCAAAUAAAUACGGGCACUGCGCGAGAAGGGGGUGGGACCAUCGAAAACACGGUGUCCUUCCUUCUUCCAAAUAGUCUUAUUCAGUAUUCAUUUUCUCCUUCCUUUUUUGGUGGUUUUUGUCUACACACAAAUAGUGGGCGUAUUUUUAUAAUACAUACAUAUUACACGAAGAGGGAGGAGAAAAUAAUGGUUGCGCCAUUUUUUCGUGUUCUCUUGGGUUUUGGGUGGUGGUGGUUUUUUUGGAGUAGGGUUUUCUGUUUCCGGGGGAAUUUUUUGAGAGAUUUUUGGAUAGUUAUCUGAAAUUUACUAGAUUUUCAGAAAUUUUCGUUUGAAUUUUUUUUCUGGAUGUUUGAACUGGAAUUUUCAGAGAAAAUUACGUUUUCCCAUGAAAAUUUCAUGAAGUUCUAGCUGGAAUUAUUCAUGAGCUCUUGAAAUUUUACUAACCGUUAUUCUGAAAGUUUCAGAGUUUUUUUAGAUAUUUUUUAGCAUCACCAGAUUUUUCUCCGAAUUGUUGUCUAAAAAUAGUCUCAUCAGAAGUUCUGCUAUCAAAAUUCUGGCUUGAAAUUCUAGAUUCUUCAAGCUAAAUACUGCAUUUUUAGCUGGAAUCUAGGUUAUUAUUGAUUUUUGAUCUGAAAAUUUCAGAUUUUGCUCAGAAUUUCUGUCAAAAAAUUGUCUGAAAUGGAGUUAUAGCAUUUUUCAAGAUGAAAUCAGGUCAUUUUUGGCUUCGCUCCAAGUUGAACUGACAAUUCUCGGCGAAAACUUGAGCCUAAAUUUUUCCAGCCAUUUUUUCUAGCUGAAACUCUUUACGAAUUGGACGAAAACGUCCGGAAUCAUUCGGGUUUUCUCGAAAAUCUAUGGUUUUCUGUAAUUUUGCAUCAUUUUCGGAUAAAAAAUCACCCAAUCCUAGUCCAAACUGCAUAUAAUAUUCUCCCCAAAAUUCUCGGUUUUUCCCGAUUUCCAGUCUUCCCAAAUUUUGUUGUUGUUGUUUACCAUAAAAACCAAAAUCCGCGCACCUGGAGGAAUCCCAUGGUGUGUUUCACACAUUUUGUUUACCCUUGUUUAUUUUUCACACCAUCCGCCGACACUUUAUUAGUAGUGGGAGGGGACAAAGAUCCUUUCAAGCCGUCGAUUUUCACACCCAUAUAAUUUGGGCGGGGCUUGAAAAAGUUGUGAAUUUAUUUUUCGUUGGCUAUCAUUAUAUUUUAUUAUUUUAUAUCAGUUUGUUCAGUUUUGUUAGGCUAAUUUGUUAGGUUAACUAGAGAUUUUCUAAACUAACUUACCUUGAAACCUAUAAAGUUAGGCAUUAUUGAUGUUACCCCAAAAUUUACCCUGAUUUAUUUUCAAAAUGUUUUAUCUUGUGGUUGAAUUGCCUGGCAACCCAAAAAUAAACAUGGUCUAAAAUGAAAGAUAUUCAUCUCUAGAUUGUCCGAAUUGUCCGAAAAAAGCUUUCUCGAUUUUAUGGAUCCCGAGAAAAGGCUUUUGAGAAAUGGAUCCUAGUUUCUCCAUUUCACAAAGGCUUCUCGGGCUCCAUAAAAUCGAGAAAGCUUUUUUGCAACUUUUUAUCUAUAUUUGGACAAUUUAGAGAUAAAUAUCUAUCAGACCAUGUUUUGUUUAUUUUUGGGUUGCCGGACCAUUCAAAUUAAAAUUCUAUGCUUCUCGAUCAAAAUCCUCACGAAAAAUCCCCCCAUUUCCAGGUGCAAAAAUGAUGACAAUGUCGAUGAUGUCAUCAUCAACAUCAACAUCAAUGGUUUGCGACGAGGAUUCGAGAGAUUCGGGAUGUUGUGAUAUGGAAGUCGACGAAUUGAUGAAGACCACCUUUCCGAUGAUGAAUGAGAUUCAGCAUUUUCAGAAUGUUAGUCGGGGUUUUCGAGAUUUUUCCAAUUUGGCGUCGAUUUUCAGAAUUUCUGAAGAUUUUCACGUCAUUCUGCAAAACGCGCUGCGAUUUCCCCACGGAUCAUGUGCAAUUUUGCGUAAGAUUCGAUGAUUUUGGCGAAAUUUUCAAGAAAACCUGCAUUUUUGCCUCAAAUUCUCGCGGCUCUUCAUUUUUGCGUCAUUUCCCAUGUUUUUCGGUGAAAAUGACGUGGAUUUUCAUUUUCAUACAAUUUUUGUCGGCGAAAUUUUCGAAAAAUCUGCAGUUUUGCGUCAAAUACAGUGCAAAUCCACGUGGCUCUGCAUUUUUUCGUAGAAGAUGACGAAAAAAUGGACAAACACGUGGAUUUUCACUGAAUAUGAGGAAAUUACAUUAUAUUUUAUCGAAAAAGUCUUGCGCAAAUUAAUUUUCCCCGCCGAAUUCUAUCACUUCUACAAAAAACCCACUCUUUUCCAGCUUCAAAGUCUGAAAGACGACGAAGACGAGGAUUCGCUAUGCGAAGAGUUGAUGAAGCUCGUCGACACGGAAGAUCGCGAAAAUCGCGCACCACAACGCAUCUAUGACGAGUCGCCAAAGUCGCGAGCGCUAUUCGCCCGACCCGUUUUGGCGAUGCGAAAGAAUUGCAAUUUUCAAUCGCAGCCACAGCAGCAGCAGAAGAAGGAGGUUUUUUCGCGAAAACGGACAUUUGCUGGAUUUGAGCAGGUUUGCAAGAAGAUCAAAAUCGAGAACAGUGAUUUCGAGCAACCUUCAACAUCUGCUAGAAUUCUGACGACUUCUAUGAAGUUUCAAAGAACCCAUUCUUCUUCGAUUCUUGAGACACGUUCACAACAACACAAAUCAAGUGAUUUCGAAUUCCCUGCGACGAAUUAUCGAUUGAAAACUAUUACCACAAAUUGUUCGAAUGCUUUCCGUCGAAUCGCCGCCGCAACUCUUUGCGAAUUACUCGUCGAAAGCGAUUUUGCCGCGCGAUUCAUGUUGAUCGAUUGUCGCUAUCCCUAUGAAUUCAAUGGUGGACAUAUUCGUGGCGCGAGAAAUGUUUACGACCCGGAAAACCUGGCGGAAAUCUUCUACACUGCGCAAAAAGAGCAACGAGUCCCGAUUUUCUAUUGUGAAUAUAGUCAGAAGCGCGGGCCAUCGAUGGCUUAUGCGUUGCGACGUAUGGAUCGACAACGGAAUGAGUUGCGCUAUCCGCAUUGCGAUUAUCAGGAGAUGUAUGUUUUGGAUAAGGGAUAUCGCAAUUUUUAUUAUGAGCAACGCAAUUCUUGUGGAGAGGUGAGUUAUUGAUUGUUGGAGCCUAAAAUUCACCAAAAGCUGUUCUUCCCAGUUUUUCUGUUAGAAAUGCAAUUCCUUUUCAAAAUUUCCUCAUUUUUCCAGACCUUCUGUGAACCGGACAACUACAUUCAAAUGGACGAUUCGAGAUUUAGUGGAGAGUUGAAGAAGUGGAAUUUCCACAAAAAAUCCGCAAUCGGAACUUCUGUUCGAGUUGUUGAGUGAGUUUUUUUGAAGUUUGCCUGCCGGAAAAUUCAUUUUGAUAGAAUUUUUAUCAGAAAAUAAUUUGUAAGACAGAUGCCGUUAGGACGCGUUGCUGUCAAGCCGUUUUUUGAAUUUUUAUUCUGAAAAUGAGAAAUUUUUGAAAAUGAAACACGCGGCGCGUGACCGCAACGCAUCCAACGACAGUUGGACUGUGAAAAAAAAAUCAAAAGGGCUAAAAUUGUCGAAAAAACAUGUUCAAAAUUAGCUUUUCGAGUUUUUCAGCCAAAAAAAAUGACAAAUCGAGGUUUUUCAAGCUUCUGGAGUGAUUUCUGAUGAAUACUGACCUUGGAAUCCACUUUCAAAAGUUUUUGCUGAUUUUACGAAAUUCAUCAAAAUUGGAAAUUGUUUAUUUUACGAAAAAUCAGCAAAAAAUUCUGAAAAGUGAAUUCCAAGGUCAAUUUUCAUCAGAAAUCACCCGAGAAGCUUCAAAAACCUCGAUUUGUCAUCAUUUUGGCUGAAAAACUCGAAAAACAAUUUUUUCGAUCUACAAUGUUUUUUCGGAGUUUUUUGACUUUUCAUGAAUUGAUCUUUAAAAUUAUUUUCUGAUAAAAAUUCCUUCAAAAUUAAUUUUUUCCACGUGGCAGCUGAUCUUCGAUAUUAAAAAACAUUUUUUCAUUUGUGAAUCAGCCCUAAAAUUAGAAGCAAGUUCGUUUCAACCCCAUCUUUCUUCCAGAUCCCGCUCUCGAACCCUUCUCCGCCAACAAUCCGCCGACUCCCACUUCUCCUUCAGCUCCACCACCACCCAAAUCACUUCCCGCUCGACUUCCCGCCGCCCACUAUUCACCCAAAAUCUCUCGUCGCCCACCUCGCUCUCUUCUAUCACCGAAGUACGAACACCGUCACCCGACUUCAUCUCACAACAACCCCUCAAAAAUCCAACCUUCUCCUAA